AUGAAGAAAGCAGAGCUAAUAUUUGUUCCACAAACAAGCAAGGGCCACUUGAUCCCAAUUCUCGAAUUCGCAAAGCGCCUCGUUGAUCACGAUGAUUGGAUUUCGAUCACCGUUGCUUUUGUUAAAUCACCCUCCGAUUCUUUCACCGAUGCUUACAUCGAAUCGGUCAAGACAUCGAAACUAGACCGAUUCGAAUUCAUUGAUGUGUCUCAACAAGAAGAACAUCAUUCUUUAGUUGUUGAUCAUCAUUCGCAAUCGAUCAAAUACCACGUCGAUGCCCUCAUGGAAACACAUAUGCCGCUUUUGAAAGACUUUGUCACUGAAAUCUCGUCAUCGAGAUCGGAUUUGGACACAUUUACAGGGUUAGUUUUCGAUUUGCUGUUUGUACCACUUGUCGACAUUGCUCAUCAAUUUAACAUCCCUUCGUAUAUAUUUUUAACUGCCAAUGCAGGGUUCUUGAGUCUUUUGUUCCACCUAACGACUCAACACGAUGAUACUUGGAAUAGCCCUGAUUUUAAACGGUCCUAUCCUGACGAGUUGAGCUCGGGAUUUAUCAAUCCCGUCCCUUUCAAUGUUUUGCCUUCGGCUUUGUUUGACAAGGAUAAUGGUUAUCCUUGGUUUAUGAUGACUGCUCAAAAGUUCAAGGCUGUCAAAGGGAUUAUGGUUAAUACAUUUGAAGAGCUUGAACCUUAUGCUAUUAGUGGUUUCUCUGAUAGAGGAAGUCCCCCAGUUUAUCCUGUUGGGCCAGUGCUAGAUAUCAAUUGUAAGCCUUACACUGAAUUGGACUUGGCUCAAUGCAAAAAGGUGAUGAAAUGGCUCGAUGAACAGCCUCGAUCGUCGGUGAUAUUUCUUUGUUUUGGAAGCUUUGGGCAUUUUCUUGCACCCCAAGUCAAAGAAAUAGCUCUUGGACUCGAGCAAAGUGGAUAUAGGUUCUUAUGGUCUUUGCGUGUGCAAUCAUUGUCACCACGGCAACCAUCACGAAACGAUGGAUCGGGAUGUGUUCAUUACAUUGAGGACAUGUUGCCAGAAGGGUUCAUGGAAAGGAUUCAAGGGAAGGGGAUUAUGAUACACGGGUGGGCACCGCAGGUGAAGAUUCUAGCCCACGAAGCAAUAGGAGGGUUCGUAUCUCAUUGCGGUUGGAACUCUAUCCUUGAGAGUUUGUGGUUCGGAGUGCCGGUGGUAACAUGGCCCAUGUACGCUGAACAACAACUGAACGCUUUUAAGAUGGUGAAGGAAUUAGGGUUAGCAAUAGAGUUAAGACUUGACUACGAAGAACUUAAUGUCAGCAAUGUUGUGACGGCCAACGAGAUCAAAAAAGCAGUCAAGCAGGUAAUGGAUGACGGUAGUGAAGUUAGGAAGAAAGCGAAGGAAAUGGCUGAAAUUGCUAGGAAAGCAAUUGUCAAUGGAGGAUCUUCAUUCCUCUCAAUUCAAAGAUUCAUUGAGGAUAUGAUAGGUGAGAAUUGA